AGAAAAAGCGACUAUGAACAUUUUGCCUAAAACUUCGGUUGGUCUUUGUGUUCAGAGUCAUUGAAACUUGAUUGCAAUGGAGAACUCGCAGAAUUCGAACAGCAAUCUAAACCCUAAUCCGAUUCGCAUCCAGAAUCUUGUAUCGUCGCCGAUUGCUGUGUUAUGGCCGACAAUUGAUGGCUCACUCGGGCUGUCGGAGGAAGAAUCGGUGAGCUAUGCCCGCAGAUUCUAUAAAUUUGGAUUUGCAUUGCUUCCAUUUCUUUGGGCGGUUAAUUGCUUCUACUUCUGGCCAGUUCUUCGCUCUCGCUCAUUUCCUCGCAUUCGUCCCUAUAUUGUUGGCUCAGCUAUUGGUUUUGCUGUUUUCAUGGCCAUUAUCUCGUCUUGGGCCUUGACAUUUGCCAUUGGAGGAGAACGCCUCUUUGGACCUGUUUGGGAUAAACUAGUGAUGUACAACCUUGCUGACAAAUUAGGAUUAACAGGUUGGAGCUAGUCUGGUUCCAUUCCUUCAGCAACCAACUUCGAACUUGUUCUUGUAUAUUUUAAGAUGUGUAACUCUCUACUGUCAUUCUUUUCUUGAAAUAUCAAAGUUGAAGCUUUUAGUUUCACUUCUCUAAGUGCUUCAAGUGUCAAACAUAAACAUAGAAGGGAUCUUAUAUCGAACAUAAUUGAAAUGAACAAUAUCAGGUUAAACAAA